CAGUAACAGUAACGCAACAAUCAUUUGGAAAUUCCCUUUCUUGUUUUUUGGCUCGAUACAUCCGCUUUCAGUAUAGGCUCAGGUUACUUAUAUAAUUCCACGUUUUCUAGUGAUGCACGCAGACUGCUAACAUCAUCAAGAUCAAACGUUUCCUUAUAUCACAAAAUGAGUGGAUCAGGUAGGACUUUCAUUUUUACUGCAGGUGGUGUUAUGUUGAUUUUGCUCGUGCACUCAUCAGCUGCAUACAUCUCGAAUCAAAUAGGGACUGUUCCUGCUGACUGUCUGCAAUGCAUUUGUAUCGUGGAGUCCAACUGUCAGAUGCCUAAUCCAGUGUGCAGCAUGGACGUUGGGUCCUUGUCUUGCGGCCCAUACCAAAUCAAGGAGGCGUAUUGGAUUGAUGCAAGGUUGAAGGGAGGCAGCCUAGAUGGAAGCUGGAAAAAUUGUACUAAAACUUUCGAUUGCAGUGAGAGAGCUGUGCAAGGUUACAUGGCCCGUUACGCAAUAUCCAGCCGCCUUGGUCAUCAGCCAACGUGUGAAGAUUUCGCUCGCAUCCACAACGGCGGCCCAAAUGGUUUCAAAAACCCAAAUACACUCGGAUACUGGGCGAAAGUGCAAAAGUGUCUUAAUAAAUCUAAACAGGAACCACAGACAUCGCAUGAGUCAAAUCGCAUACCCGGUACUAAGUAGUUUCAUGAAUGAGGCAUUGUGCAAGACUAUAACAUUCAAAAAUAUUGUCGAAAUUGAUUAUCAGUAUCAGAUAAAAGUAGAUUAACUAGUUUAAAUGCUUCUAAAGCCAUUGCUGUAUAUGUUGAUUCGAUAUCUGGAAUCAAAGCUCUUUUCUGUCAGUCAACCUAUCUAAAAAAAAAUUCUAAUAUCUGUGGGUCCAAGCUAACUUUGGCUAUUACACUUUUUUAUAAGAACAUUCUGUAAGAACACUGAGGCUGAAACUGCUUAAAAAAUAAGAACCAAAUUGAGACGGAGGGAAAAUGUACACGAAAAGCACAAUCACCAGUAGUGGAUUGAAAGGGGCACGCCCCCCCCCCCCCUAUUUUUUCAAAAUUAUUUUUUAAAAAAAAGUGGGGGGGGGGAGAAAGGGGAAAGAAAAUUAUAUUCAAAUUCUGAGUGCCACUGCCGGCCAUCUAGAGGUGCCAUAAUCAUAAUUUUUCUUACCUCAGCCCCAACCAUGGUGGGCUGCAGUGGCCUCGAGCCUCCAACUGCUAAAGUUCCCCCUUGGGCCCCCCUCUAUUUUGAAUUCCUGGAUCCGUCACUCCUCUUGUGUACAACUUUGGCCUGAUAAUUUAGAAUCUGCAUAGCCGAUUUUAGGCUUACAGUAUAUAUUUUUCUUAGUGUGAAUGCAGUAUAGGGAAAUAACUUGUUGAUAUAUGUUCAUAUGUUUACCCUACCAAUAUUUGAUUCAAAACAGUGAUUUAUACAGGAAUGACCAAUUAGCACAGGCCAAUAAUGCUGUUAAGUGACGUAGUAGAGCUACAUAUUACAGUAAUGUAAUUAUACAAUAGCAUUGGAUUUUACGUAAUAGUGCAACACAAGGAAACUGAACGCUUCAACGUAGCGUAUGGCCCUAGUUUACAUUGACGAUAUAUGUAAUUUACGCAUUGAGUCUGAUAUUAAAAUUGUUUCGGUCAGUGAAUUGGAAAAUAUACAUGUGUUGAAUAUGCAAA